AUGGGAAACGUGACGUCCAAGAGAACCGGCAGACGCCACUCUGCCGCGACGCGCGAGCUCGAGAAGUACACGAAGCCGACGGGGCUGUACCCGAGCUGUCCGUGGGAGCUCAAGAUUGCGCGCCGUCUGAUCGUCGACCGCAAACUGGCGCCGCGCUUUCAUGGCAAAGAGAUGAAGGAGGAGGGAUUCACUCUUGAGUGUCCGAUCUGCUUUAUGUUCUACCCCGGGAGUCUGAACACGUCGAGCUGCUGCAAGAAACCCAUUUGCUCCGAGUGCUAUCUUCAGAUUCGGCCGCCACGCAAAACGAUUUCCUGUCCAUUUUGCAACCAUGAAGGGUUCACUGUCCUGUACACGCCACUGACACCGACAGAGCUCACCUCGACCCAUUCCGUGACAAACGGAAUGUCUCCGCGUCGAAGUAGCGCCAUUGGCAUCCCCAAAGCUACAGAAACAGAGUGCGCUAUGACGUCAAGUCUGCAGAGUGUGCAGUACGCGUCAGUGGAAGACCGUGAUCGGAUUCGCGAUUCGCUUCGCUUGCAGCUUAGCAUCAGCGACAAGCCUGUGACCAACAGUCCACACCCGAAUCGUGUCGCAGCGCUGAAUGACGCAGCGUCCCACGUUGCGACAACACCCGCAGACGCUGCGCGGCUAGAGGAACUGAUGCUCUUGGAAGCUAUUCGGCGGUCGAUGCAAGAUAUUAGCGUCGACAAAAACGACGAGGAACGAGGGAAAUGGCAGAAUGCUCAGCUACCUAACGGCGUGAGUGGAGGUGCCGGCGAAGGGCAUGACUGCAACGUCGACUGUGCUAACGGUGUGGUGCUGAACGCAUCUCAACUCAGCGUUAACGCCCGAGAUGUGCUACACUAUCCCCCCAGCUCAUUCACAUCUCACUACCGCAAUAAUGCUGCGCCCCCAGUGCAAUCGUCUAACACACCGAGUUGGUAUUGUGGCAGUGAUUGA